UACGUGCAUGGUAGUUGAGUUGUCUGCUUCUUACAACGUAACCCCUAACAAAAUCCCCAUAUUGUCUUAACCUUCAAAUCACGGUAUAUCUCAUUUUCCUUACUAUAUACCAAUACUACAUCACAUGUACAAAAUUUGACUUAUAAGCUAAGUAAAACUCCAAUAUCUAGGUACUUAUAAACCACUCCCAUUUCUCACCCUUUUUAUUUUUCUUAACUAACUACAACACAUCAUAAUAAUCAAUAUGGAACAAGUACCCCGAGAUUCCGAUGACGUGGCGGCGGCCGCCGCCAGUAACUGCCGCUCCACCGUGGACACCUCCCGCCCAUUCCGCUCCGUGAAGGAGGCGGUGGCGAUAUUCGGGGAGCGUUUCUUGGUCGGAGAAAUCUACACGCCGAGGGAACCCUUCGCCUUCCCCAAGAAAGAAACCCCCUUUUUCUCGCCGAGCCCGAAACUACCCCUACUACUACUAGAUCAUUCUCACAAAGACGAACCGGCCUCGUCGAACUACACUUCCCUCACGACGAGUCCUAGGUUUUCGAGUUACUACAACACCGAGCCGCCGUCGCAGUCGCUGUCGGAAACCGUCAGAAAGCUGGAGCUCGAGCUCGAGGACACAAAAGCCGAGCUCAAUUUGCUCAAGGAGAGGGAAUCGGAGACCGAGGUUGCGGUGGCGUCUUUGAACGCCGAGCUACAUAGGAACAUGUCCAAGUUGGCGCGGGCCGAGGCCGCAGCGGCGGGGAAGGCCGCGUCGGAUGGUGGUGGCGGAGGAGCAAUGGUGAUAAGAGAGGAGGAGAAGAAACGGGAUGCUUAUUUGAAGAUGGAGAGGGGAGCUUCGCCGAGUUUGGCGCAAAUUUUGAGCUUUGGAGAGAAGAAGAAGGAGAUGGUGAGGAAGAAGAAGAAGCCUAUUAUUCCUCUUGUUGGGGAAUUAUUGUUUUGGAGGAAGAAGGGGAAAUUGUCUACUACUACUCUUCAUAAUCCUCUUUAUUCCUCUUCUCACCUCCAAUGGAAUUGACAUUAAUUUCUUGUUUUUUUUUUUUCUUUCAUAAUUUUACUCUUCAAUAUUGUAUCUUUUUAUUUUUGUCUAUUUUUUUUCUUCUAUUUUUGUUUUUCAAAGACGAUGGAGUGGAUGUGGGGUGUGUUUGUGUGCGCGUGUGUGUGUUAUAGUAUAAUUGUGUGAUCUAAUUAUGUGCAUGAUAGAGCUCUUAUAAUUUGUGUUAUUUUGUGUCAAUAAAAGGCGAAAUAAUAAUAAGAUUUUCAAUU